CCGGGGAGUCGGGAGCGCGCCCCGAGGGCAAGCCAGGCCCAGCCAGGAACCCGCAGCGCCCGCCUUGCCUCCAGCUGCUCAGGCCUCGAAGCCUGGCCGGGCCCAUGGAGCCCUCCGCGGCCGGGAAGAGCGGCCUUGCUGGUCUGGAAGUGACUGCUGGCCGGCGAGUGCCAUGCGAGCUGAGUCUGGCACGGCUUGGUUCUGAAUACAAUUUAAUUAUUCGUUCCCGGGAGAAAGAAGUCCCUGUUCAAGACAACAUUCCUAUCAACAGCCGUUUCAAAUGCUUGCAAGAGGCUGAAGAAACGCUGCUGAUUGACAUUGCAACAAACACUGGCUGCAAGAUUCGGGUGCAGGGAGACUGGACAGCAGAACGCCUCUUCGAGAUCCCUGAUGAGGAGCAAUGCUUGGCCUUUCUUGAUGAAGUGCUGAGAAUCCAGAAAGCCCCUUCCAAAGCCUCUUUGCCUGAUCCUGUGGACCAUGCCUCUUGGCAACAAGUAAAAGGACUCUCGAGGCCUGCUGGGCCCAUCUCGGCAGGAUUCGAGGAUAACUUUAGUGCCAUGAGUUUGGAGAAGAAACGAAACCUGCAGAACCAGCAAAUGAGUGCUCACCGAGACCCUCCACCUCCCCCUCUGCCACCAAACAGGCCAGUUCUCCGUGAGAAGGAAAGCACGAGCAAGGACCAGCCUAAAGUAAGCGGCACAAUGCGCAUGCUCUUCACGCCGUCCACAAAUACGCAGUCCGGGCAGAGGGAGGGCCUCAUCAAGCAUGCCAUCGCCAAGAGAGAGAAGGAGUAUGUCAACAUCCAGAAUUUCAGAUUUUUUGUGGGGACGUGGAAUGUGAACGGUCAGUCUCCGGACAGUGGAUUGGAACCUUGGCUGAGCUGCGACCCUGAACCUCCAGACCUUUACUGCGUUGGCUUCCAGGAACUGGACCUGAGUACAGAGGCGUUCUUCUACUUUGAUUCAACCAAGGAGCAAGAAUGGCUGACGGCCGUGGAGAAGGCUCUGCAUUCCAAGGCCAAGUACAAGAAAGUGCAGCUGGUGCGUCUGGUGGGCAUGAUGUUGCUUGUCUUUGCCCGGAAAGAACAUUACGGUUAUAUCAGGGAUGUAAUGGCAGAGACGGUGGGCACAGGCAUUAUGGGAAAGAUGGGUAAUAAAGGCGGGGUGGCCGUGAGGUUUGUCUUCCACAACACCAGCUUCUGCAUUGUCAACUCCCAUCUCGCUGCCCAUGUGGAAGACUUUGAGCGCCGGAACCAGGAUUACAAGGACAUCUGUGCCCGGAUGAGCUUCCUGCCUCCAGACCAGGGUCUGCCACAACUGACAAUCAUGAAACAUGAUGUUGUCAUCUGGUUGGGAGAUUUGAACUAUAGGCUUUGCCUUCCUGAUGCCAAUGACGUGAAAUGUAUAAUCGGUAGAAAUGAGCUUCAGAAACUCCUAACAUUUGACCAGCUCAAUAUUCAGCGUGCUCAAAAGACAGCUUUUGCUGAUUUUACGGAAGGAGAAAUCAAUUUUAUCCCUACAUACAAAUAUGACUCUAAAACAGACCGCUGGGAUUCCAGCGGGAAAUGCCGAGUGCCCGCCUGGUGUGACCGAAUCCUCUGGAGAGGAACCGGCGUCAAUCAGCUCCACUAUCGGAGCCACAUGGACUUGAAAACUAGUGACCACAAGCCCGUCAGCUCCCUCUUCCUGAUUGGGGUGAAAGUUGUUGAUGAUCGGCGGUACAGAAAGGUGUUUGAAGAUAUUGUCCGAAUGAUGGAUAGGAUGGAAAAUGAUUUCCUUCCAUCACUGGAAUUGAGCCGGAGGGAGUUCACAUUUGAGAAUGUGAAGUUUCGACAGCUGCAGAAGGAGAAGUUUCAGAUCACAAACAAUGGACAGGUGACCUGCCAUUUCUCCUUCAUCCCCAAGCUCAACGACAGCCAGUACUGCAAGCCAUGGCUUCGUGCUGAACCCUGCGAGGGCUACUUAGAGCCAAACGAGACAGUCGAUAUCUCCUUAGACGUGUAUGUCAGCAAGGACUCAGUGACACUGCUCAACUCCGGGGAGGACAAGAUCGAAGAUAUCCUUGUCCUCCACCUGGAUCGCGGUAAGGACUACUUCCUCACCAUCAGUGGGACCUACCUGCCCAGCUGCUUUGGGACCUCCUUGGAGACGCUCUGCCGCAUGAGGCGACCCAUCCGUGAAGUCCCUGUCACAAAGCUCAUCGAUCUGGAAGAAGACAACUUCCUAGAAAAGGAGAAGUCUGUCUUGGACAUGGUGCCCCAGGAUAGUGAGGAUUCCUCCAGUGAGCGGCCUUUGCAGAUCCCCAAGGAGAUCUGGAUCUUGGUGGACCAUCUCUUCAAGAAUGCCUGCCAUCAGGAGGACCUCUUCCAGACACCAGGGAUGCAGGAUGAGCUGCAGGACAUCAUUGAGUGCCUAGACACCAGUAUUCCUGAAACAAUACCUGGUAGCAACCACUCCGUGGCCGAAGCCCUGCUCAUCUUCUUGGAGGCGCUACCGGAACCGGUCAUUUGCUACGAACUGUAUCAACGCUGCCUUGAGUGUUCACAGGAUAGUCGUCUCUGCCGGCAGGUGAUCUGCCAGUUGCCGCGGUCCCACAGGAACGUCUUUCGCUAUGUGAUGGCCUUCCUGCGGGAGCUACUGAAAUACUCCGAGAGCAACAACGUCAGUGCCAACAUGAUAGCUACACUUUUUGCCAGUCUCCUCCUGCGGCCACCGCCCACCGUCGUGUCCAAGCAGACCCCUCAGGACCGUCAACUUGCCAUUAGCUUCCUGCUGGGCUUCCUGUUGGGGGCAGAGGACUACUAAGGUACCGCCAGUGCUUGGAAAAUGAGAGGAGAGAGAAAAGGGGCAGAACCAGGCCUCUCCUUUAUGGGACUUUUGGAACGAGGUGGCUUCCCUCAGCCUCCCUGCUGCUGUCUCAUCAUGUGCCAGCCCUUCCCAAAGCUUCAUCCAUACCAGCUUCCCCUCCUUGUCACAGAUGGAUGCUCAUCUGCUCCACAUAGAAGAUCUGGCCUGUCUGGAGCACUCCGUUGUUUGCUGGGCAUCACCAGGGAUUUGUUGGCAGCUCCCCCACUUCCCCAGCGCAGUAUUCAACUCCUUUCCUUUGUAUCCCGGCAUUAUUUUUGCAGGAUGCAAGGUUGAUGCACCCCAAACCUGUCCUGCAAUUCUAGGACCUCCUUUCUCUUCCCUUUGGCUGAGAAAGGCGCGGUCUCCUCCACAGUGGCCCCUCUGUCACUCUUUGUACAGUUCAGAUAUUAUCCGCCCCCCCGUUCUGCCAAGUAGAGCGUGCGACCCGUACCAGUCUCUCUUUCUCUCUCUCCGUGGGGUGCUACUCCUUCAGGAAACACUACGCACUGCCUAUGAAGGAGCAAAGGAGGAGAGGGAGGGAGCGGCAAGUAGAGCUGGAGCAAAACUGGGCUUGGUUUAGGCUCACCCCACACUUCACUGUUUUGCAGCCUCUGUCGUUCCAGUUGUCUGUCAGGUUCCUGUAUUUUCUGUGCACACUUUAUCCCUUCUUCUUCUUUUUUUUAACUGUAUAAUUUAUUGGGAAACAGUUGUUUCGGAAUAAAUUUCCAUUGUGCAAA